AUGUGGAGGACAAUAAGAAUCCAUACCUUCAUGCUCCUACUUUCAUUGAGUGGCUUAAACCAUAAUGAGUUUGUUCAGGAAACUAUCCAAUUCUUGCCAAUUUUAAGUGAGAAGGCCUCAAAAGAUGAAGAUCAAAGUUUUGAGGUGAAAGAGGAAAAGGUUGAACAAGUAACUGUGGCUUUGCACUUUGGAUUGCCUGACACUAAUAAAGGGCAUGCUGAUGAGGUUGAUGAGAAGAUGAUUGUCCAUGUUAAGGAAGAAGAAGAGUCAUCAAAGAGAAGCUUCCAUGGUUGCCCCUUUAACAACCAAGAGAGAAGGUUUUGGAUUCCAACUCCUGCACAGAUCCUUGUUGGACCUAUGCAGUUUGCUUGCUCCAUUUGUAGCAAGACGUUCAAUAGGUAUAGCAACAUGCAGAUGCAUAUGUGGGGGCAUGGAUCAGAAUUUAGGAAAGGACCAGACUCACUCAAAGGAACACAACCAGCAGCAGUGUUAAGGUUACCAUGCUAUUGCUAUGCUCAAGGUUGCAAGAUCAACAUCAAUCAUCCAUGGGCCAAGCCAUUGAAGGACUUUAGAACCCUCCAAACCCAUUACAAAAUAAAACAUGGGACAAAGCCAUUCAUGUGCAGAAAAUGUGGGAAAACAUUUGCAGUCAAAGGGGAUUGGAGGACUCAUGAGAAGAACUGUGGCAAGUUGUGGUAUUGCACUUGUGGCUCAGACUUCAAGCACAAGAGAUCCCUAAAGGAUCAUAUUAGGUCUUUUGGAAAAGGACAUAACCCUCAUCCUCCCUUUGAAGCUUUUGAGGAUGAGAAGGAAUGCAUAACUGGCUCUGAUGAAGAUGAAGUUAAUGCUCAUCAUACAUGA